UGCUACGAGAUCCUUGCCAGUCGCGCGCUAACCACGGCCACAAGCGGGACCUUCUCGCGUCGAUUCAGCUCGAUCGUCUUUCCCCUAGAUCGUUUUCUUGGUGCCCUUGUGUUUCUCCAUAAUCUGACGUCUUAGUUACGAUUUUUCUAAACGUUCAGUGAUCGUUAAAGUUUCUUCGAAACUGCACGGUUCAUCGUUCGGGCGGUACUUGACAUAUCGAUUUGGGAGAAGCAUCGGGUAACUGUGCAUGGUUCCCGCAUGAUAUGACCCAGUCGCGCGAGGUUUUAGGAAUGAUGGAUGCCCACACGACAACGUUCGGUCGGAAACGUGGAUGCACGGUAUCACCUUGCGGUGGUUUCCUUCUGGGCGCGGCAUUCCUGAUAUCCCUGGUGGUGACGGGCCUGCUGGUCUAUCAUUUCGCCCCUUGCCUCGAGGAAAAGCUCGUUAAAUCUUGCAAUGGCCUCAAGAUCUCCGUAUUCGAGCAGCGCGGCAUGUUCCCCACGGACUUUUCAGCCAAGAAGAAACUGGACGUCAGAUUGCCGAGAUCGGUGUUGCCCGACAGUUACGAGCUGAGGCUGAUACCGUUUAUAUGGGAGGGAAACUUCACUUACCAUGGCGAGGUGAAGAUUCUCGUGAACGUGACCGAGGACACGAAAAAUGUUACGCUGCACGCAGUCAGUAUGGAUAUCGAUGAAAGUUUCACAAAUAUCAGAGAGCAUUUGCUCACGAGCAACUCGACCAAAGCGAUCCGAAUAGUCGAGCAGAGAAACGACACUGAACGGCAGUUUCACGUGAUUAAAACUUCAGACACGUUGAAAGCGGGAAAGCAGUACCUCGUGCAUUUCAAGUUUGUCGGUUAUUUGAACGAUUACCUGCAGGGCUUCUACAGGAGUUCUUACACUGUUGACGGUCAGAAAAGAUGGAUCGCUACUACUCAAUUUCAGGCGACGGACGCACGACGUGCUUUUCCUUGCUUCGACGAGCCGGCUUUGAAAGCUCGGUUCCAGAUUAGCAUUGCAAGGCCAAAGAAUAUGACGUCCAUCGCGAACAUGCCUAGGAAAGAGGAGCCAAUGCCUGUGCCAGGAUUACCAUCCUAUCUAUGGGACCAUUACGAGCAGUCGGUACCAAUGUCGACCUAUUUGGUAGCCUUCAUAGUUUCCGAUUUCAAAAUGUUGAAAUCGGAAUCCGGGAAGUUCAGAGUCUGGGCACGAAACGAGGCGAUUGACCAAGCGCAAUACAGUUUGCAAAUAGGCCCGAAGAUUCUUGAGUGUUUCGAGGAUUAUUUCAAAAUUAAAUUUCCUUUGCCCAAGAUUGACAACGUUGCUCUGCCGGACUUCGCGGCUGGCGCCAUGGAAAACUGGGGUUUGAUUACUUACAGAGAAACAGCCCUGUUGUACCAAGAAGGCGUAUCGACCAGUAACAACAAACAUCGCGUGGCCACUGUUGUCUCUCACGAGCUUGCUCAUCAGUGGUUCGGUAACUUGGUGACGCCAAGUUGGUGGACGGACCUUUGGUUGAACGAAGGUUUCGCUAGUUACGUGGAGUAUGUUGGUAUGAAUGCGGUAGAACCAACAUGGAAAGUCUUGGAACAGUUUGUAGUUCACGAUCUUCAAACUGUUUUUGCAUUGGACGCAUUGGAGUCUUCUCACCCCAUAUCCAUCGAAGUUGGUCAUCCGGAUGAGAUUAGUGAAAUCUUCGACAGGAUUUCAUACGAAAAAGGGGCUUCUAUAAUAAGAAUGAUGGAUCAUUUCCUUACCACUGAAGUUUUUAAACAGGGAUUAACAAACUAUUUAAAUGGAAAAGCAUAUCAAAGUGCUGAACAGGAUGAUCUGUGGAACGCUUUAACGAAGCAGGCGCAUAAGGAUAAAGUCUUAGAUCCAAGUGUUACGAUAAAGCAGAUUAUGGAUACCUGGACUCUUCAAACUGGAUUCCCUGUUGUGACAGUGAUUCGAAAUUAUAAGAACAAUUCUGCAACAUUAACUCAGGAACGUUUCCGUCUCCAUAAUGGCACCAUAACAACCACUUCCGAAACUGAACCAUUAUGGUGGGUGCCCAUCACCUACACAUCUGAAAAACAAUUAAAUUUCAACAAGACCCAACCAUCGGAAUGGAUAAAAGCUGAAAAAUCGAUUGUUUUACCCAAUUUGAAUGCUAGCUCGAAAGAAUGGACAAUUUUCAACGUUCAGGAAACCGGAUACUACAGAGUGAAUUACGACAGAAUGAAUUGGCAGAUGAUAAUCAAUCAGUUGAACAAGGAAUCGUACAGAGAUAUUUCAACGAUCAAUCGAGCACAGUUGAUCGACGAUGCCUUGAAUUUAGCUAGAGCUGGAAGAUUGGACUACGCCACUGCAUUGGAUGUCACGUCUUAUUUGGCGCACGAGACCGAGUAUUUGCCUUGGAAGUCCGCUCUCACUGCCAUGCACUACUUAGAUAGCAUGCUGAUCAAGAUGCCUAGUUACGAUAAGUUUCGAGUGUACAUUUUGAAACUCAUUGACAACGUGUACAAACAAGUAGGUUUCAAGGAUAAUCCUGACGACCCACAGUUAACAGUGUUCACUCGGAUCAAUGUACUGACUUGGGCAUGCAAGUUUGGUCACGAGGACUGCAUUCAAAAUGCAAGGAAGCAGUUUUAUAAUUGGCGAAACAUGCCUGAUCCAGACAAGAAUAAUCCAAUUUCACCGAAUUUGAAAUCCGUGGUUUACUGCACUGCCAUACGGAUUGGAGGUCUAACCGAGUGGAAUUUUGCUUGGCAAAUGUCUCAAGAGACUAAUGUUGGCUCUGAGAAGGAUCUGCUAUUAAAUGCGCUCGGCUGCACUCAAGAAACAUGGCUUCUUAGUCGAUACUUGGAGUGGGCCAUUACCGAAAAUUCGGGAAUCAGAAAGCAGGAUGCCGGUCGGGUAUUCACUUCGAUUUCUAAUUAUCCUGUUGGCCAAUCAUUGGCGUUCAACUUCUUCAGGAACAAGUGGACGCGACUCAAAGAAUAUUUCGGAUCAUCUUUAUUAACCAUCAAAAAUAUUGUAAAAACAGCUACCAGUGGUAUAAAUACUAAAUAUGAUCUUAGAGAUCUGUUGGAGUUCACGAACGAGCACAAAGAAGAACUCAGUAGCGUAACAAGGACAGUUCAUCAAGCCAUCGAACGGUCCGAAGCUAAUAUUAGAUGGGUGGAACGUAAUCAUGCAACAAUCUACGAUUGGUUGAAGCGAAACACUGCGUAGUGACGGAAAAUUAAUAAGAAAUAUGGAAAGUAGAGACAAAAGAAAUAUGUCUAUAAUGUUUAAAGGAACAGCUAGGAUGUUCUAGGAUAAAAGUUUUAACCGUAUUGGACUCGUUCAGUCAUCUAAGCAUUUUCAUAAAAAUUAUUAUUAAGUCAGUUCAUAAAUCCGUGUACACUUUCAUUAUUUUAUGCAAUACAAAACGUGAAACUUUACAUUUAAGAAUAUUGAAAUUCACAGUUUCCAUAGGUCUUCGUGACUUUUUUUGAGUAUUAUUACCAUGAAAGUAUAAUUAAAAAUAUUGUCAAAUAUAUAUCUCUUCAUUUCGAUCGCUUUUAUAUAGCAAUCAAAGUUAACCUAAUGAAUACCAUUAUGGUAUUUAUAAUGGAUAGCAUUUAGAUUAACUCUUCUGAAUCUUUUGGAAUAAUUGUUCGCGUUAAUUAGUCAUUCCUUUUAUCGACAAGAGAUGUAUACCUUUCAAUAAUCUUUAAUGAAGAUCUGCUAGAAAAGUUCAUGUUCUAAUGCAAAGUGUUUAUAAUACAAAACCUGAUGAACAAGCUUGUGGACUGACUUAAGUGUUUAUAAACUUUUCGCCAGGCGAGAGGUCUCCGAACUUUACAAAAUUAUUAAGCGUUUUUGUAUGUUUUUGUCGAUAAGCGCCGAAGAAUCAUACACAGGGUAUUGCAUAAUAAGUUCAAUUGAAUCCAAUGGACAUUUAAAUAGACUAAACCGAUACAAUUAAUUGUUCCAAUAUUGUGCCAAAUUUGUCAUGUUUCCAAGCAUCACGUUUCAAACUAACAAAUAAAUAGGAUGUCUAUUUCUAUUGAAUUUGAAGGGAAAUUAUUCACAUUAUUUUCAAGUGAACAAUCUAAAUUUAUUGCAAUCUACUUAUUACGAGAUAUCCUACACGUAUAAUGAAAUAUUUAGAUAUAUAGUGGAUAGGCAGGAUGGGUCGUUAACCCGUUAGUACAUGUUGAAACGCACCAUAUAAUUUGAAAGAAAGAUAUGGGGGUUGAUAUUAUAGUGAAUCUCUCGAUCGAUCUCAAAUUGUGUCAUUUCACAAGCGAAUUAUAAUUUAUACAGAGUGAUUCAUUAACUGUUGGCAUUCGGUUAAUUCUGCGAGUACAGUAACUCCCUUGUUCAGCUAUGUGAAUGUUCCAUAUUAGAAAGAAUUAGUUCCUCAUGCUUAUCUGUUGCAUUUAGAUUCGGUACUUUUAUAUUAACACUAGAACUACCGAGGGUUUUAUAUGAUUAAUAUGUAAUCCUCAUAAAAAUGAGAGAUUUGGGUUUUCACAUAUAUUCGUUAUAGUAUUCAAGUGAAGCUAUUUAUUUUUAAAACCAUUUCGGAUAUUUAAACACCUUUAAAGUAUUAGUAAUUGUGAAAUAGAAACACUGAAACCUGUCAUCUCGACGGAUGUGGUACUUCUAGUGUUAAUCAUGGCAUUUAGUAAUAAGUAAUAUGAUAAAUGUAUUACCUGGUUCUUUGUAAACAAUUUCUUUAGUUUUGGUAGUGCAAAUCAAGGAAAAAAUUGGUGAGUUGAACAGAAAUGAAAAGGGUGAAGAACACUGGGUUACUGUAUGCAUAAUGGUUAAAGAUAAAUUGUUUGAAGAAAUGUUGCAUUUUCUAAGAGCACAGAUGCCUACGUGAUAUUAGGAAUAUCCAAAGAAGUAACAUAAGUCUAACGUAGACCUAACUCAGGGAUGUUACACGCAUGUUACAAAAUACGCGGAUCAAAUUGAUUCUUCAAUAAAGAUUUUUAUUUAGUAUUAAUUAAUUUCAAUGAUUAAGAUUUAUUUUUCAGUUUAAAAAUACUGCGAUUAGUUGUUAUGUGUCAUGUUUGUUGAUCUAUGAUUUUCAGUGUUAUUAAUAUUUCUAAUUAUCUUCGGUUAUUAAAUAUAUUUCUUAAUUAAGUGUAUUAUAAAAUAACAUUGGUUUUUUUAGCAGGUAUUUAUUACUUACACAAAAUAAAAUUAAUAAGAAAUUUGUGUUAUAGAAUCAAUUUGAUCUUUGUAUCCUUUAAAUGCUUCCAUUUACAAUCGAAAUGAUGUUACCUUACAUUUGCUUUUGAGCAUUUCUUUAAACAUUUGUUUUUUAAUUGUUACAAUAUAUGAAAUAAUUGAUUGCUACACAAUUACUGGUUCAUUCUAUAGUUAUAAACUAAACGAUUUGAUAUAUUUUUAAUUAAUGUAAUUUUGUACUGUCGAUUUCUGUUCAGUUCUAUUAUUUAUUAGUCUCGAAUUAUAGUUGUUUCGGUGUUUUUGAUGACGAGUUCAUAAUCAUCGCGAAACUAUUUAUAAAUUUAACUGAUACUUGUUUAGUUGUUUAUAAUUAAUCUAUUGAAACGACGUCUAAUGAAUGUUUACGUGUAAUUCAAUCAUUUUUGUAUAAUACUUCAUGUUAAAAAUAUACCAAACAAUUUUAACAAAAAUGUAUUUCCUAUGGAAUUGUUCGAUAAUCCUUUACAAAUUGAUUUCAUUUCAUUUCGGGAACGUUUCAGGAAUGAAGAUAUAAAAUUUAAGAGAAAACAAUAUUUGUUUACAAAUUAUAAAUAGUUCGUUUAAAUUCUAUAUCAACUUUUAGAAACAGAAAUUUUAAUUAAAUUAAUUUUUUAUAUUAACCACUCCGUUCGCGAUAUUUCUUCAAUCAAGCAUUUCAGAGAUACGUUAUCUUAUGGAUUACUCUCGAUAUAAAACUUUUCAAUAAAUUCGAAUAACAAUUAUGAUAUUUAGAUGAAUAACAUCUUUCCAUUCGAUUGGCGACAAAAGUGAAUGUAUUUGCAGAAUUUUGAUCUGGUAUGUUUAUAAAAUUAUACAUUAUCAUACUUUACAAUACAAAAAUACUGUAAUUUUCUACAUUAUACAAUAUUAAAAUUCUAUAAAAAAUAUAUUUGUAUUUAUAAUGACAUCUUUCCAGUAGCUCUAUAUUAUUUAUGCGUUUGUGCAAUACCUAUCAACUUAACAUGUACGCGAAUAUUGUAAAUAUUGUUAUCGAUACUACACUGAAGGUAUUCGGAAUAGUUCCACUAUUUUUCUCUUCGUUCCACUGUCUACUGGUUAAGUAAGAAGUGAUAGUGGGUUCCUUCAUCAUGUACCAAUCGUAUUUCUCUUCCGCGGACGCAACAGCUUUGUUAAGUUUGGAUGAAAUGUUCUUCAGACUUUCUCGCCUAGAUUGCAUGAAUAUUUUAAUCUGCAAACGAAAUAAAAUUGUUCAUGUUAAUAUGUAUAAAGUACAGCGGUGAAUAGAGAGAUGCAUUCGAGUCGUAUUUAAAAUGAAACGCCAUUAAUACUAAUUGAUCCUAUUUCAAAAUUUCAAAAUUUGGAUCUAAAGAAUGAAUUUUCAAUAAUAAUUAUUAAUAAGAUACUUCUUUUAUAUUUUUGUUAUAAAAAUUAUACCUAACAAAUGCAGCUAAUGA